GUAAGCAUAUCUCUCGCGCGUGCGCAGUAAGCAGCGACAAACCAAAACUGUCAUCCAACUUGACAACCACGGAGUAAAACAGCUUUCACGGCACGAACAUUUCCAGCAAUGAGUCAGUGCAAAGUAGCUCUGGUCACUGGUGCAAAUAAAGGCAUCGGCUUCGCGAUCGUGCGUGCACUGUGUAAAGAGUACACCGGGGACGUGUAUCUGUCAUCCCGGGAUGUCGGACGAGGAACCGCAGCGGUGGACAGCUUGAAGAAGGAGGGACUGCACCCGCUUUUCCAUCAGCUGGACAUCAACGACCCAAACAGUGUCCGAACUGCACGCGACUUCUUCCAGGAGAAGUACGGGGGCCUGGACGUGCUCAUCAACAAUGCUGGAAUCGCCUUUAAAAUGGCCGACACAACCCCCUUUGGGACCCAAGCUGAUGUGACACUGAAGACCAAUUUCUUUGCCACCAGAGACAUGUGUAAUGUGUUUUUACCCAUUAUCAAACCAGGAGGUCGAUUAGUAAAUGUUUCCAGCGGAAUGGGCUCAAUGGCACUAGGCCGCUGCAGUCCAGAACUCCAGGCCCGAUUCCGAAGCGACGAUAUCACAGAGGAAGAGUUAAACGGACUGAUGGAGCGAUUCGUCCGUGAGGCUCAGGAAGGCGUUCAUUCGGAACGAGGAUGGCCCUCAACUGCAUAUGGCAUCUCCAAAACUGGCCUCACCACCCUGACUCGAAUUCAGGCCCGAAAUCUGACCAAAGAAAGGCCUGGGGAUGGGAUCCUGUGCAACGCCUGCUGUCCAGGAUGGGUCAGGACUGACAUGGCUGGACCAAAUGCCACCAAAUCACCAGAUGAGGGCGCCAUCACUCCAGUGUAUUUGGCGUUGCUUCCUGCAGGAGCAAAAGAGCCUCAUGGCCAGUUUGUUUCAGAGAUGAAAGUGCAGCCUUGGUAAAGGAGGUUUGUAUAUGUUACAAUCUGGGGUCAAGUUGAGAAACAUCCAAAUUAACUUCUCUGGUGUCAGAAAGUCCAACUCAGACUGAUUCUUAAGGGGAUAGUUCACACAAAACUGAAAAUUCUCAUAAUUUACUCAUCAUUCACUUCUUCCAAACUAGCUUUACUUACUGUCAUGCUGUUAGUGGUUUCUGGUUUUCGGCAUUCUUCAAAAUAUCUUUUUUUGUGGUCAACAGAAUAGAGAUACUGAGGUUUGAAACCAGUCGGAGGAGAGUAAAUUGUGAUUAAAUGUUCAUUUUUGAGUGAACUGUCCCUUUAAGGUGCUCUAAAAUAAGGUACUAAGUGCAUUGUGGGUUUAAUUGUAAAUCUAACACAAAAAGCUUUACGAUUUGGUCAAAGAUUUGAUGAAUAGACAAAUCGAGUGAAUCAAGUCUGCUAUUUAAAGGCAUAGUUCACGCAAAACUGAAAAUUAUUUCAUCAUUUACUCACCAUUCGCUUGUUUCAAACUAGCUUCACUUAUGCUGUCAGUGGUUACUGGUUUUCAGCAUUCUUCAAAAUAUCCUCUUUUGUGUUCAACAGAAUAAAGAAACUCGGGUUUGAAACCAGUCGGAAGAGAGUAAAUAGUGAGUGAUUGCUCAUUUUUGGGUGAACUGUCCCUUUAAGGUUCUCUAGAAAUAAGCUACUAAGUGCAUUAUGAGAUUAAUUGUCAAUAUAACACCAAAAGCUUUACAGUUUGGUCAAAGAUUUGAUGAAUAGACAAAUUGAGUGUUUCAAGUAUGCUUUAUAAAGGGAUAGUUCACACAAAACUGAACAUUAUUUGAUUGUUUACUCACCAUUUGCUUGUUCCAAACUAACUUUACUUACUUUCAAGCUGUCAGUGGUUACCGGUUUUCAGCAUUCUUCAAAAUAUCUUCUUUUGUGUUACAACAGAAUAAAGAAACUCGGGUUUGAAAUUACUUGUAGGAGAAUAAAUAGUGAGUAAAUGUUCAGUUUUGUGUGAACUGUCCCUUUAAGCUGCUCUAGAAAUAAGUUACUAAGUGCAUCAUGCGAUUAAUUGUAAAUAUAACACCAAAAGCUUUACUAUUUGGUUAAAUCUUUGAUGAAAAGGCAAAUUGAGUGUAUCAAGUAUGCUUUAUAAAGGGAUAGUUCACACAAAACUGAAAAUUCUCAUUUUAAUUCACCAUUCACUUGUUCCAAACUAGCUUUACUUAAUUUCAUGUUGUCAGUGGUUACCGGCUUUCAGCAUUCUUCAAAACAUCUUCUUUUGUGUUCAACAGAAUAAAGAAACUCUGUUUUGGAAUCAAUCAAUGGAGAGUAAAUAGUGAGAAAAUGUUCAUUUUUGAGUGAACUGUCCCUUUAAAGUGCUCUAGAAAUAAGUUACUAAGUGCAUUAUGCGAUUUAACUAAAUAUAACACCAAAAGCUUUACAGUUUGGUCAAAGAUUUGAUGAAUAGGCGAAUUUCCUGUUAAAUUGCUUACUCUAAGGCAAUGGUCUCAAACUCAAUUCAUGGAGGGCUGGAGCUCUGCAUAGUUUAGCUCCAACAUAUCCAACUCACACCUGCUUAAUACUCUAGUAGUCUUGAACACCUUGAUUAAUUUGAUUAACUAGGUUUGAGUUUGGAGCAAAAUUGUGCAGAGCUGCGGCCCUUCAGGAAUUGAGUUUGAGACCUAUACUCUAAAGGCAUCUGAAGGAUGUUGGAGACCUUUUUUCUUUAGUAAAACUAUAUUAGGCAUGGUGGUUAUAAAAUGCAAAUAAGCAGUUCUUUGAGAUUUGAAAAAACAAAUACAGGCAAAACAAAAUGACUACAUGUGCCCCCUGACUAUAGGCCAUAUUAAGGGAUGUAAACAAUAACACGGGUCCUAAUUCCUGUUUUAGAUUUUUAAUUUUCUUGACUUAUAAGGAUCCAGAAAGCUCCACAUAUUGAUUUUUUUAUGACAGCCUCUUUAACCUUGUUUAUGACUGAAUCACAUGUUGGUACAGUUCCUAAUUAGUUUGACGACAGGCAGGAACUGCAUGGAACAAUGAUAUUGCCAUAUUGAAAUGGUCCAUUUAUUGUCAUCCUAACUUUCAUACAUCCUAUCAUGUAUGCAUUACUCAUGUUUUUUUUCUGUAUCUAUUUUUUGACUCUCAAUUUUUAUGAAUCAUCAAGGAUCACAAUUUCAGAUAUUUAAAAAAAUGCCCUUAGUGUAAAUAAAUUAUUAGCGAAUUUUAUUUUUGUGUGUACUGUCCCUUUAAAAUAAAUGACUGCAACCAUAUAAAUGCACUAUGUGGAAAGUUUUGUCAAUUUUCACAGACCAAAAUGUUGUGCUUAAAGAUCCAUUUUGCGCAAAAAAAGUUACAUUGAAGUAGACGUUUACAAUGCAAAUACAAACAUUAACUACAAUACACUGCGAAAAGAGAUUAGUUGACUUUACUUUGGAACAGUGUUUCUCAACCACGUUCCUGGAGGACCACCAACACUGCAUGUUUUGGGCGUCUCCGUUGUCUGUCACACCCAUUGCAGGUCGUUCAGUCUCUGCUAAUGAGCUAAUGAUAUAAAUAAGGUGUGUCUGGUUUAGGAGACAUGGAAAGUGUGGUCGUCCAGGAACAUGGUUGAGAAACACUGCUUUAAAACAAGUUUAAACAUGUUAGUUUUAAAGCAGUUUGUUGACAUAAAUUGAGUAAACCCAUUGUCUUAAUAUUUAUUAAAUUAACUGUGUAAAAUGAUAAAAGUUAAGUCAACUUAACAGUUCCAAGUUACAACAGAUCUACUCACUUUAAGUAAAGCAACUGAACACUUUUCACAGUGUAAUUACUUCUAAAUUAGAUCAUUUUUACUCUGUGUAUUGUGACAGCACUCUUGUAAUGUUCAAAUGUAUCAAUGUUGUACUUCUACAUAAUAUUGUUGAUGAUUUGUUUAAUCUGAAAAUAAAAAUGAAUUGCAGCUGUA